AUGUCUUGUCACAACUACUGCUCCGGAAACCACCCCUUGGUGUCUCUCGGGAGUCCCUGUCACAUUCCCGUCGCCUCCUCCGUCGGCCGCUACUCUCCGAGUGUGAGCGUCGGAGAUGCUCUCUGCUUGCCCAGCAGCUGUCAGGACCGAACCUGGAUCCUGAGCAACGGCCAGGAGACCUGCAGUGAACCCACCGGCUGCCAGCCAGCCGACUGCGGGCCCAGCAGCUGGGAAACUUCCAGCUGCCCUUCUUCCGGUUGCUAUGUGCCAAGACCCGGCCGAGGAACCAGCUGUCUUCCUGCUUCUUCUUACCUCUCUGGGUCCUGCCUCUCCGUGUCUUACCGGCCGCUGACCUACGUGGCCAGCAGCUGGCGACCCUCGGGCCUUCUCCCCUGCGGAUAUCGCCCCUCGGGUUCCUUGUCAUGUGGCCCUCAGCCCAUCAGCAUUGUGUCCAGCGGCCUCAGACCUCUGCGCCCUGUCUUCAGCGGAUGCCAGACUCUGCCGUACGUGUUCAGUCCUUACCGUCCAUCUUGCUCUACCUGCGGAGGCCUGUAG